UUAAGACACCAAUUCAUUAAUACUCAUUUAAUUAUUUUAGAUCUUGAAAUAAAGUAUAGUUUUUUAUUUUUUUUUAUAUCCACCGGCAAAAUGAGAUCACUGGAGAACAAAAGAGCUCUUUGAUAUUCCUCUUCGUUCAUUUCUUCUUUUUUUUGUUCCCUCUGUUUUUUCUUCUUCUUCUUCCUCCUCAUCUCUUUGAAUUCGAAACUUGAUCUCUGAUAAGACUCUCUGAUUAAAAGACGUGACUUUGCGACAACCCCAAUUUGGAUUUUAUCGUAUUGAAGCAAUCUCCAGAGGAGUAGGCGGGAAUCUCAAAUUUUGAUUGAUGGUCUGAAAAUCCAAUGCGGUCUACGAGAAGACCACAAGGAAGAAGAAGAAGAAGAAUAGCGACAAGGAGCCAAUCAGAGACGGAACUCGGAGGCUAGAUCGAGAAUCGGAAGAUCGGAGAGGAGGGGCGGAAUCUGAUCUGAUGUUGGGAUUGAUACGAAUUAGGGUUUUGGAUACUGUGAUUGUUGUGGUGGAUCAAUGAUGCAGCUACACAUAUCGCCUAGCAUGAGAAGCAUCACGAUCUCGAGCAGCAAGGUAGGUGCUGCUCGUCACAUCUCUUACCGAACUCUCUUCCACACCAUCUUGAUCCUCGCCUUCUUGUUGCCUUUCGUCUUCAUCCUCACCGCUCUUGUUACCCUCGAAGGUGCCAACAAAUGCUCCUCCAUUGAUUGUUUAGGGAGGCGGUUAGGUCCACGCCUUCUUGGUAGGGUAGAUGAUUCAGAGAGACUAGCUAGAGACUUUUACAAAAUUCUGAACGAAGUAAGCACUCGAGACAUUCCAGAUGGUUUGAAGCUUCCAGAUUCUUUUCAUCACCUUGUUUCCGACACCAAGAACAACCGCUAUGAUGCCAAAACAUUUGCUCUUGUCUUGCGAGCCAUGAUGGAGAAGUUCGAACGGGACAUCAGAGAAACCAAAUUCGCAGAGCUCACGAACAAACACUUCGCAGCAAGCUCCAUUCCCAAAGGCAUCCACUGCCUCUCUCUAAGACUGACAGAUGAAUACUCCUCCAACGCUCACGCUCGCAGACAGCUCCCUUCGCCAGAGCGUCUCCCUCGUCUCUCAGACAACGCUCGCCACCAUUUCAUCCUCUCCACCGACAAUAUACUGGCCGCAUCCGUCGUGGUCUCCUCCGCCGUGCGGUCGUCUUCCAAACCGGAGAAAAUCGUCUUCCACGUCAUCACAGACAAGAAAACAUACGCUGGUAUGCAUUCCUGGUUCGCGCUAAACUCUGUUUCCCCCGCGAUUGUGGAAGUCAGAGGUGUUCAUCAGUUUGACUGGCUGACGAGAGAGAACGUUCCGGUCCUUGAAGCCGUGGAGAGCCAUAACGGUCUAAUGAACUAUUACCAUGGGAGUCAUGUCGCUGGUGCGAACCUCAGCGAAACAACUCCGAGAAGAUUUGCUUCCAAGUUGCAGUCUAGGAGUCCUAAAUACAUUUCUUUGCUCAACCAUCUUAGAAUAUAUAUACCUGAGCUGUUUCCGAACUUGGACAAGGUGGUGUUCUUAGACGAUGAUGUAGUUGUACAGAGAGACUUGGCUCCGCUUUGGGAUGUUGACCUGGGUGGGAAAGUCAACGGAGCGGUGGAGACUUGCAGGGGUGAAGAUGAGCGUGUGAUGUCCAAGAGGUUAAGGAACUACUUCAAUUUCUCACACCCGCACAUAGCGAAGCAUUUGGAUCCUGAGGAAUGCGCUUGGGCGUAUGGUAUGAACGUGUUCGAUCUAAAAGCUUGGAGAAAGACAAACAUCAGAGAAACGUACCACUUCUGGCUAAGAGAGAAUCUGAAGUCGAAUCUGACAAUGUGGAAGCUUGGAACCUUGCCUCCAGCUCUUAUCGCGUUUAAGGGUCACGUCCACAUAAUAGACUCGUCGUGGCAUAUGCUGGGGUUAGGCUAUCAGAGCCAGACCAACGUAGAGAGUAUCAGGAGAGCUGCGGUGAUACACUACAAUGGGCAGUCAAAGCCGUGGCUGGAGAUUGGUUUCGAGCAUCUAAGGCCAUUCUGGACAAAAUAUGUCAACUACUCGAAUGAUUUCAUCAAGAACUGUCACAUCUUGGAGUAGC